GACUUUUCUUUUUCGUUGGGCCUCAUCUCUUGCAAUUGUUCGUUGUCUCUUCAUCUUCUUCACCUAGCCUAACCUCUCAGUUCUUAUCACUGAUCUUCUAGAUCUGGGAUGGGAUUCGACAAACAGGAGGGGUAUGGAAAUUCCCUUGUCUCUGGCCUCGAAAAACAUGACGGGGACAAUCAAAAGGAAGACGGAGAUCUGGGCAACGAUGUUCUUGAGUUGGAUGGCCUAAAAUCUGCAGAUUUGGUUGUUGAUGGUGGAACUAUUGGUCCGGAUUCUGAAGAUGGACGAUGAUGAGGAUUUUGAUGAAUUUGAGUCCCAUGUCAGCCUAUCUGCAGAUUUGGGUGUUGAUGGUGGAGCUAUUCCGGACUCUGAAGAGGGAUCCGAUGAUGGGGAGUUCGAUGUUAUUGUUCCAGACUCUGAAGAUGGCAACAAUGAUGAGAACUUUGAUGUUCCUGAGUCCACUUGCAGCUAAGAACAUUAUCUUUGUGAUAAAUUUCUUAGAUUUAACUGUUCUAUGCAUUCCGUUUUCCUCAUUUGCAUGCAAAUACACUCUCUGUGAAGUCUGAGUCAUGUAAAACCACUUUUCAUCUACAUGCACAUACUCAUACAUAUCUUGAAACUGUGGAGCUGUUUCCAUACUUCCUACAUGCAGUUUACUUAAGCAAAACUCUAACCUUCGUACCUUGUUAUCUUCUGUCAAAUAAGGUUUGAUCGGGUUAGUAUGAGCCUUGAUUUUCCCACACCUUAUCAUCCUGUGAAUGGUACUUUUUGACACACAGACUGCCUUUGCUAGUGCUCGAAUGGUUCGUCUCUUGGUGGGGGACACAGCUGAGACCUGCUCAACCAGGUUAUUGGUAAGUUGGGAGGCAUAUUGAAGGCAAGAGACAAAGAUGAAGAAAGAAGCCUGCCUUCUUGAAGAAAGAAGAAAAAGGAUACACGGAAUAAAUGUGGAAAGGAGAGAGGAGGAUAUGCUGACACACAAGAUAGAAGGAGGGAAAAAUUUCAUCUUUUAGAAGCUUUACCGCCAAUUCCUUCACUUUAUUGUAAAUAUUUUUUUUAAUUAUUGGUGAUGAUUGUAAUGAUUGCAAAAAGCAAAAAGAUUGUUUGGGCUACUCUAUGGGAUAUGUCAACUUUUUCUAUGG